GCCUUGACUCGAGCAAUUCGUUUUAUCUAUCUUGCUGAGAGGACUAAAUAGUCAAACCGGCCAAGCGUCAUAACUCGAAACAUGGUUUAAGUUCUUAGUUUCCCUCGCUUGGCUGUAGUCAAAUGUCGCCUGCACAAAUUUCGUGCACAACCUGAAUCGCAUUUCCGCCACCAGCAGGAACCCGGACUUUGUUUGGUAUGGCCCAAUAUCGGCGAAGCGACGGGACGGAGCAUCCAUCGAAACGGUUCCGAAUCUUCUGAACGGGCCGAGUUCGGGUUUUGGUCAGCACCGGGGAUGGAGGAAGGUGCCACUGCAGCCGUCAUUCUUCGCUCCGAGGCAAGCAUCCGCCGGUUUCCGGCUCCGCUCUUUCCGUCAACUUCCUCCUUCGAACACGCCCGGUCCCAUUUUCUUCCUUUAACACUACGCGAAUGAAAACGGAAAUGGAGGAAGACACGCCGUGGGACGGCAUCGAAAACGGAAUCGAUGAUCCGGAGGAGCUUCAGGUCAUCUACCGCACGCUCGACUCUUAUCAGCAGUAUGCUAAGACAUCCCACUUCCAAUGUACGCACCUGCGCAGACAAGCCUUCUACGCACUGCCGCAAGCCCACUGGCAGAGGCUCGCGGCCCCUCCAUUCAACUAUCUGGACACUUUGGACAAGAUAGAUGACGCCAUCGAAUCCAACGCCGAGCUCGCCCGCACCAUUUUCAAGAGGGGACUGGAGAUGUUCCACGUCGGUGUUCCCUCCGAGACGGGUGACCUGAAGCUGCCUUCGGAAUGGAAUGGCUCAGCCAAGCCGGGUGACAUCGACAAGGCCCGCAGCACGAUUCGCCAGUUUUACCGUGACUGGUCCGCCGAGGGCGCCGGCGAACGGGAAGCCUGCUUUGGACCCGUCCUGCGCGCCAUCGCUGCCGAGCAAAGCGCGAGGGGAGCGGAUCAUCCCCCGCUCAAGAUCCUCGUUCCCGGUGCAGGUCUCGGCCGGUUCGUUUUCGAGUUGUGCCGGAGCGGAUACGAAGCCGAGGGCAACGAGAUCUCGUACCACCAGCUGCUGGCUUCCUCGUACAUACUCAACUGUUGCCAGCGCGCCGGUCAGCAUACGAUUUUCCCCUGGAUCCACACAUUUUCAAACCAUAGAUCCAGGGCCAACCACCUGCGCAGUUACCCCAUCCCGGAUCUGCACUGUGCCACGGAGCUCGCGGAGACAGAGCAGGCGAAACGCGUUGGUUCUAUGAGCAUGAGCGCCGCCGACUUCUUAUGUCUCUACGCCGAAGAGGACAGAGCGGCGGCAUAUGAUGUGGUUGCCACGGUCUUCUUCCUAGACACGGCGCCCAACCUCAUACGGUACCUGGAAACCAUAUUCCACUGUCUCAAGCCAGGCGGCGUCUUGGUCAACAUUGGCCCUCUGUUAUGGCAUUUCGAAGGCCGUGUGUGGGAUCGGGACGAGCACGAGGACGGCGACGCCGAAUCCAGCCACGACACGUCUGGGAUAGCGGACCCGGGUAACUUUGAAUUGACAGACGAGGAGGUGAUGGCGCUGGUGGCCGACGUCGGGUUCGAGAUCGUGUCGCGGGAGACGGGCAUUGAGGCGCCGUACAUCGUCGACAAGGAGUCGAUGUUGCAAACGACGUACAAGGCAAGCGCAUGGAUGGCUCGGAAGCCGGCGACGGCAUCGACAGUUUAAGUAUAAUGUGUAGUUACGGCC